AUGAAUUUGAGAAUUAUGAGCUAUUUUCUUGGGCUGAAAAUUGAGCAAGGUGCUGAUGGUAUCUUUAUGUCUCAAAGGAAAUAUGCUCUUAAAAUGCUAAAAAAGUUUAAUUUGGAUCAUUGCAAGUCUAUGGCCAUUCCUCUUGUUGUGAAUGAGAAACUUAGCAAGGAUGAUGGAGCUGAACCAACAAAUGCUUCACUGUACGGAAGUUUGGUUGGUAGUUUGCUAUAUUUGAUUGUUUUCAGAUAUGAUUUAAUGUAUUCAACAAGCUUGUUAUAUAGAUUUAUGCAUUCUCCUAGUCAAUUGCAUUUUGCUGUGGGUAAGAGGGUGCUGAGAUACUUGAAGGGUAUGGUGAAUUUAGCUUGUGGUUUUAAAGAGGAAGAGUUGUAA